GGCAGGGAAGGAAGCAAACGGGAGGUGCAGAGCGGCCGCUGAGCUAGUGACGCAUACAACAAUUGUUUACUAAAUUCUCUAUCUCGGCGUUAUUAUCGGCUAAUAUACAUAGAUACAGUCUUCCAAACGUAAACUGCGCGUCUUUUUUGCUGUUUCUGACAGUGCACAACGUAAACAAACUGGUGUCAACAACUGAAGCUUGCGUUUCAAUUUUUUUUGCGGAGAAGAAAGUUUACUUUUCCCGACAACAUGAGAGGGGGAGCGUCCUAUGGAGACAGAGACAGGGACCGUGGACGAGACAGGCCACGGUUUGGAGCCAUGAACAGUCGCAGUGGACCCCCACCAAUGAAGUUUGGGAAUCCAGGUGAGCGCCUCCGCAAGAAGAGGUGGAACCUGGAUGAGCUGCCAAAAUUUGAGAAGAACUUCUACACUGAACACCCUGAGGUCCAACACAUGAGUCAGUAUGAAAUGGAAGAGUUUCGCAGGAAGAAGGAGAUCACCGUCAGAGGAACAGGCUGUCCAAAGGCGGUCACGGCUUUCCACCACGCGCAGUUUCCUCAGUAUGUGAACGAGGUGCUGAUUCAGCAGAACUUCAAGGAGCCAACAGCGAUCCAGUGCCAGGGCUUCCCUGCGGCCCUGAGCGGCAGGGACCUGGUGGGGAUCGCACAGACCGGCUCUGGAAAGACCCUGGCUUAUCUUCUUCCUGCUAUUGUACACAUCAAUCACCAGCCCUAUCUGGAGAGGGGAGAUGGCCCUAUUUGUCUGGUGGUGGCUCCAACCAGAGAGCUGGCUCAGCAGGUCCAACAGGUCGCAUAUGAUUAUGGAAAGUCUUCCCGUAUCAAAAGCACAUGUGUCUAUGGUGGAGCACCCAAAGGACCACAGAUUCGAGACCUCGAGAGGGGUGUGGAGAUCUGUAUUGCCACACCUGGCCGCCUCAUUGACUUCUUGGAGAGCGGCAAGACGAACCUGCGGCGCUGCACCUACCUGGUGCUGGACGAGGCCGACCGCAUGCUGGACAUGGGCUUUGAGCCACAGAUUCGCAAGAUAGUUGAACAAAUCAGGCCAGACAGACAGACUCUGAUGUGGAGCGCUACCUGGCCCAAGGAUGUUCGUCAGCUUGCAGAGGAUUUUCUGAGGGACCACAUCCAGAUUAAUAUCGGCGCUCUGGAGCUCAGCGCCAACCACAACAUCCUGCAGAUUGUCGAUGUUUGCAUGGAGACUGAAAAGGACCAGAAACUGUUUCAGCUGAUGGAGGAGAUAAUGGCUGAGAAAGAGAACAAAACAAUCAUCUUUGUGGAGACUAAGAAGCGUUGUGAUGAUCUUACCAGGAGGAUGAGGCGGGACGGGUGGCCAGCCAUGUGUAUCCAUGGAGACAAGAGCCAACCUGAGAGAGACUGGGUUCUUGCAGAAUUUCGUAACGGUAAAGCUCCGAUACUGAUCGCUACAGACGUGGCCUCUCGUGGUCUGGAUGUGGAAGAUGUGAAGUUCGUCAUCAACUAUGACUAUCCCAGCUCCUCGGAGGAUUACGUCCACCGCAUCGGACGUACGGCCCGCAGCACCAACAAGGGCACCGCCUACACCUUCUUCACCCCGGGGAACCUGCGGCAGGCCCGGGACCUGGUCCGGGUGUUGACGGAGGCUCGGCAGGCCAUCAACCCGAAACUCCUUCAGCUGGUGGAGUCAGGGCGCGGCGGAGGAGGAGGAGGCGGUGGCAGGAUGCGUUAUCGGACCAGCAACUCCAACAACCCUAACUACAUGUUUCAGGGGGAAUGUGAUCGCCGCAUGCCCGGCGGCGCCAAAGACAGCCGCGGCGGCUUCAACCGCGACAGCCGAAACAGCCGCGAUGGAGACCGCUCUACCACCUCCUCCUCCUCCUCCUACAGGGACAGGAGCCGCGAUCACAGGAACAGCUACAACUCAGACCAGUACCAGAGCUACGGGGGCGGUGGCGGUGGUGGCGGGGGCUACAACCCCCGCAGCGGCGGCCAGUCCGGAGGAGGUCAGGAUCAGUCCGGCCAGCAGCAGUUUGUCCAGCCUCCUCCUGCUCCUCCUCCGUCAUCAGGAGGGCUGCAGCCUCUGAUGGCGCAGCAGUUUGCUCACCCGCAGCCGCCGCUCAUGGGCUUCAUCGGGCAACCGCCGUUCCCUUUUGCCCCCGCUCCCCCCCAGCCUCCGGGUCCCGCACCUCCCCGGAAGUAGAACUACGAGAAAGAAAAACUGAGUUGAUUUAGUGGCUUGGUGUGUUCACAGUGUAACUUUGUUUUUUUUACUCUCCAACUCUUGUCAUCUCCAAGAGGCGGAGGUUUGAAAAGGCAUUUAUCUGAGGAGGUAAGGGCUCAUUUUUACUAUUUGUUUUGUACUUUUUAAUAAUAAUACUAAACCUGGAACUUUUUCCUUUUCAACACUUUUUUUUUUAAAAACUCGAUUGUCAGUCUUCACAGUUGCUCUCAAACAUGUGCCAAUGAAGAACAAAUUCAUUUUUGUUUUGAUUCCAAUUAAGCAAAGUAGCAGUGGAUUUCACCAGUUUGUUGUCUCUCUCUAGUUGAAGCUGUCAGUCAUUGGUUAAAAGGGAAAACAACAUUAAGUGACACGUGGUCGAAAGUCUGUGCAAAAAAUCAUUUACCAUCACAUUCCAGUCUUGCUUUAGCUUCAUUAAAAUUCAAGAUCUUUGACUUAUUUUGUUUGAGGUGUUGACUUGCAAUAUACUCUAUUACAGGGAUGGGCAACUUAAAUGCUGCAGGGGGCCACAAUUUUUCAUGUUCACUACCACAGGGCCACAUAUAGGAGCGUGCACUUAACCAGAUAUGAUGAAACUGCAAUUUUAAAUAUGUUUACAGUGCAGUAACUUAACAUAUUUCAUGCCCAAAUGCAUGUAUAAUAGUAUAAAUAGGUAUACAAAAGGUUUGAAGCAAAUAAAAAUUAACCACUUACUGUGAUUUUUUUCUUUCAGUGCAAGAACAGCAGACCAACAUUAAUUGCAAAAAGUAAUUUUGUGCAUUUUUACACUGCACUUUUAAGAUUUCAUGCUCAAAUGCAUGUAGUUGUACUGAGGGCCACUUCAAGUGAGGGUGCGGGCCGUAUGUGGUCCCCGGGCCUCCAGUUGCCCAUCCCUGCUCUAUUAUAUAGAUUUUUGGUUUAUUAUUCUAAACACUGAAGAAAUCCAUCCAAGUUGUGAAUCUUCUUCCAUAGUUUUGAGAACUAUGCAACCACCAUUUUAUUCUCUAGUGUCACGUAGUCAAAUACAUUUUCUCUCUUUAUUUUUUUUCCUGCCUUGUAGCAUUUUAAAGCCGCUGUGUUUCUAUAACUGUUGAAUAUACAUAUUGUUUUAAUAAGCAGAUGAGCUCAUGCAGAAAUAUUUCAUUUGGAUUGUUGAUUAAAUCGCUUGUUUCCUCUUUCAUUCAUUCUCCUUUUUUUCCCC